GUUUGCUUUUGAAGGUCAUAAAGAGGCAUCAGUGUUGGUUUCAGUCUGUUUCUCAGCUGGUGAAAAACUCCUCAUAGUGCCUUUAAAAAUAAAAUAAAGACCUGUAUGUAAAUGUAAUCUGUCAUGUUCCCUGUUUUCUGUGUUUUGAGGUCUACAGAGCAGUCUGAGUCCCUCCCUGGAAGCUGGACCAUGCUGCCCCCUGUCGGCAGAAACUCGCCCCGCCCCUCCGAGCAGCAUCUCCGGGCACAGCGAGUCAGAGCGAGGAGCGGACUGUAGAGCUCCGGGAGUCUGGAGGAGCAGGUCUCAGAGUCCAGCGGCUCCUCCCGUCCCACACUCAGCUUCAGCUGCUCCCCGGCAGAGGAGGUGAUGAUGGCGGCGGCUGUAGAGAGAGGAGGCGUCCGGGCCGCCUUCCUGAACCCGAGCGGCGGCGGCGGAGGACCAGUACCGACCCCCCUCCCGACCGGAGCGCUAGCCGGGGUUGUGGUGCUGGGCUCCGGCAGCAUGCCCGUCCCCAUGAACCUGUUUGCGACCUGGGAGAUAGACCGAUCGUCCCCCAGCUGCGUGCCCAGACUCUGCAGCCUCACGCUGAAGAAACUGGUCGUCCUUAAAGAACUGGAUAAAGAGCUCAACUCCUUGAGUAUAGCUGUCAAAAUACAGGGCUCAAAGCGCCUCCUGAGAUCAAACGAGUACGUCCUCCCGCCCAGCGGACUGAUGGAGACAGACCUGGAACUCACAUUCUCACUACAGUAUCCACACUUUCUGAAGAGGGACACCAACAGACUGCAGAUCAUGCUGCAGAGGAGGAAACGCUACAAGAACCGAACCAUCCUGGGCUACAAGACGUUAGCGGUGGGAGUGAUCAACAUGGCUGAGGUGAUGCAACACCCGACAGACGGAGGACAGAUCCUGGGUCUCCAUAGCAACGUGAAGGAGGCACCGGUGCGUGUGGCGGAGAUCAGCGUGUACUCUCUGUCCAGCCAGCCCAUCGACCACGAGGACGGCAGCGGGCAGGCCGGACGCAAGACCAAAACCUCAGAUCGCUCCCCGGACAUGGACAACUACUCCGAGGAGGACGACGACAGCUACUCAUCGGAGCAGGAAGCCAGCGAUGACGCCGUCCACGGACAGGAUCUUUAUGACGAAGACGACGAGGUGAGGAAGCCGAAGAAGCCUCGGAGGAAAAUGAUCCGGACCACCUCCAUGACCAGGCAACCGAACUUUAAGCAGAAGUUUGUGGCGUUGCUGAAGAGGUUCAAGGUGACGGACGAGGUCCUGGACUCUGACCCCGUAGACCAGACGCAGGAGGUGGAGGAGGAUCUGGACUUACUCUACGACAGUCUGGAGGUCUACAACCAGAGCGACAGCGGGCCGGAGAUGGAGGACAACGAGAGCGUCCUUAGCACGCCCAAACCCAAACUAAAGCCGUUUUUCGAGGGGAUGUCUCACUCCAGCUCUCAGACGGAGAUUGGAAGCAUACACAGCCAAAAAAGCGCGCAGAGGGAGCUGUCAUGUCCUACCGGAGACUUCCUGACAGUGGACAGAUGUAAAGUACAAGGAGCUCGAUAUCAGGACGACAGCAACACAGACGCCACAGUCGGGGAGCCGGAGACGGACGAAAGCGGGCCGGGACAGGGGCCGGGGGAGGUGAGCAGCUGGGAUGUCAGCACUGAGCGGGUGACCAGCACUGUUGGCAAGCUCUGCAAGACCGAGUCCCAGAACCACAUGUCUCCCAGUAAAGUGGAGAACAGGCUGCCGAGACGUCCUCGCAGCACCUCCAUGAAAGACAGACAGAACUCCAAGGCCCAGAGCGACAGGACCAGCAGCAUGGAGAGCGAGUGCUCCCCAGACUCCCGGCUUAUCGCGCAGGUGCCCAGGAAGUCCGUGUACGACCAGCUGAACCAGAUCCUCAUCUCUGACGAGCGGCUCCCAGAGAGCAUCAUCCUCAUCAACACCAUGGAGUGGCAAGGACAGUAUGUUGCCGAGCUGCUCCAUGAACAGGCCCAGCCCAUCGUGUCCACCUGCUCUGCUGCUGAUGUUCAGGCUGCCUUCAACACCAUCGUCACUCGCAUCCAGAGAUUCUGUAACUGCAACGCACAGACGCCCCCGACCAUGAAGGUGGCGGUGGCAGGAGACCAGAGUUACCUCAGCACCAUCCUGAGGUUCUUUGUGGAGCAGCUCGCCAACAAGACGCCCGACUGGCUCAGCUACAUCCGCUUCCUGGUGAUCCCCAUAGGUUCUCAUCCCCUGGCGAAGUACGUGGCCUCGUUCGACAGCAAGUUCAACAACAUCUUCAUGGACACGGCGUGGAGGGAGCUGUUCUGCAGGACGGAGCGGCCCGCCUCAGAUAACAUCGAUGUAGCAGGACGAGUGGUUCAGUACCUGGCCGGUGCCAACGUCUCCCACCAGUUCCCCAUCUCAGAAGCCAUGCUCACCUACAAACAGAAGAGCCCCGACGAGGACUCCUGUCAGAAAUUCGUGCCAUUCAUCGGGGUGGUGAAAGUCGGGAUCGUGGAGCAGAGUCUCUCGACCUCAGUCGACUCUGAUGAUGCAAUGGGAGGUAACACCAGCAUCCUGUCCUCCCCCACCCCCCCAUCGGCUGGUCCGUAUGGGAAGGAGAUCGGAGGCACUCCUCCACAGUCUCCCUCUGUGUCCACCGCCCUCUCUGGAGCUGGCUCUCCGUGUGCGGGCAGCGAGGUGAUGGGGCUGCAGGUGGACUACUGGACGUGGCAGGGUCCGGAGAAGAAGAAGGAGGGCGAGAAGAGAGACGUGGGUCUGAAGAACACCCUGAAGAGCAACUUCAGGUCUCUGCAGGUCAGCCGUCUGCCGUGUGGAGGGGAGCUCACCCCCCCGCCCAGCAUGGCCAUGACCGUGGUCACUAAGGAGAAGAACAAGAAAGUGAUUUUCCUCAGCAAGAAGCCGAAGGAGAAAGAGCUGGACUCUAAGAGCCAAGUGAUCGAUGGAAUCAGCAGGUUGAUCUGCACCGCCAAACACCAGCACACCAUGCUGAGAGUCACCAUCGAUGGAGUCGAGUGGAACGACGUGAAGUUUUUCCAGCUCGCCGCCCAGUGGCCGACACACGUCAAGCACUUCCCGGUGGGAAUCUUCGGUUACACUAAACCCGUGUGACCCCGGCCGCCCUCCGCUCGACCCCCCCCGCCCGACUCUCCGCUGCACUUGUCUCCCCGAGAGGCUCCAGAGAACCCGAGGACGAGCCGCCGGGCCCCGGCAGUACUAGUUUUCCUGUGGAAAUCUUACUGACUCACAUCCACGUGUUCAUACACACCAAGUGUUCAUGUUGUCAACUCGAUGUUUUUGAUGUUGUUGGUGUCGUUGUUGUUUUUUACACACUACAAAAAGAACAAGUACUAUUUUGUAAGAUUUGUGCGACCGCCUCGGAGGUAUUUUGGGGUUUUUUGACAAUUUGCCACAUUUCAAUAAUGGCAGCUGUGUUUGCACUUUGUUUUGUUAACAUUUUAUUAUUUCUGUGAAAUCCUACAUUUAUUGUGACUCUAUAGACGAUGGAGGAGUGUGAUGGUGACGUGCAGUGGCGUGUGUGAGAUUGUGUUUGUCGUUGAAAGUUGGAAUAUUGCUGUGAAUCUAGAUGGAAUCCUUUCUUCUGCUCACUUUUCUUACUCGUCCCUUUAUUUCUCCUGAAGAUGGAAACAGGAAGGAGCUGCUCUCUGCCUCUGAAGGUCGCUCUGAUGGACGCGGCGCAGUGAUGCGAGCGUCAUCACGUGACGGGUUGUUGUUGUUGUUGUUGUUGUUGUGAGGGUGUGUGUGGGUGGAAGCAGAGGGAAUCUGACACCUCAAAUAUUUCAACUAUCAACAGCUGAACGCCAAAUGAAGACGUGACGGCGGUGAGAGCGGUCUCCUCGUUCCACGGUCCUGACGUGUUUUCAGUUUUUCCCGCCGCGUUGUGUUCGAGUGUCGCCGGAUUCCUGAGGACUCGCACUCCUGCCGUGUUCGAACAAACACUCCUGAUGUGCCAAACUUCAGUUCGCUUUAGCGUCGCCGUCGAUUCCACCCUGAGCUCCGUGUUCGUAGAGACGUGUUCCUCGUGGAGUCAGUAUUAACGUUACUGAGUGUAGAUUAAAGGAGCAGUCCGUGCUCUGCAGGAGGUCAGAAACAUUUACAGGACGUGUGCACUAACAGAGCUUUACCGUGGUGUCCUUUAUAUCGCAGCGACCUGAGGCGUCGGCGGGAGACGAUCAGUCUGACCUGAAACCUGCGUGGGAGCGUUACCGCCGAGCGCAGGAUCAAACAGGAGGGGGCGUGUCCGAGUCGCUGCCCGUGUGUGUGUGUGUGUGUCUGUGUCGGUGUGCUUCGUGUUUCGAUGGUACUCCCUGAUAGUGUUCACGUGAAACUCCCGCAGUAGGAAACCUUUGACUCCGAAGGUUCUUCUGUCCGAGUUUGUUGUUGCUUUUUAUAAAGUGAAGACUUCCGAGCUUUGAUAGGCUGGCUUUUUUUAGCAUUGUAUAGAAAAAUAUAUACGAGAUGUAUUAUUGUGAACCCCCUCUCCUCUAAAUUGAAAGCACAAAUAGCUUCCCCCCCUUACUCUCCACAUAAAUGCCAAAUAUAUAUUAGCAGAACUCGUUCGUAUGAAGUUGUACAAACACUAUUAGAGGUUUGAUUUCUCCUGCAUCUCCCUCACUUUGUGACGCACUUUCAUGUGUUUUUACACAUUCGAGCUCUAAUUGGGACUCCUGUUUAUUUGAGGUGACGUGUUGGAGGUCUUUUAUUUGAACCACUACCUUUUAAUCAAGAGACGGCCGAUCUGAUUAAUGACUUUUAUUUCCCCUUAUCGCAGGGAUGAUGUGUGCUGACGGGUUUAAAGGGACAGUGCGUCUUUCUAUUGUUUUUAUUUCUUCAUGUGGUUGGAUGAGGAACAUCAAGGUGUGUUACCUACAGGAAGAGAAACUCGACUAUCGACCUCUGCAGACGAGGUCAGCUCUAACACCUCAUUCAGAUCAUCAAACUCUGAUGUGGAUGUAAGAGCACGCUCUGCUCAGAAACCUUUCAGUGCUUCACUUUGACGUAAGAUGUGCCGCUGCGUCCAUGAAUGGUGCAAAAAUAAACGUGCAUCUCGACGACAAAGUAAAGCAUUGAAAAAUCUCUAGAGCGUACGCUUCAACGACAUCAGUUUCUUGAAAUGAUCUAAAUUGAGAGAUAAGCUUGAACUCCUCCUCUUUCUAUAACACUGACCUUUGAAAAACACCUUAAACUACCACACUCAAAAAGACGUACUGUCCCUUUAAGAGCCGUUACAGCUGUCUGUUACUUUAUGCUUUUUGCCACUUGAUGAAAAAAAAAGAACCUUACUUUGCAGCUACCGCCUCGUGUCCGCCCGUGAACGAGCGUUCCCGUCGCUCUCCUCUCAGAGUUCGAUUGGUCCGCUCUGGCGGCGGCGGGCGGCGGCGGGCUGCGGCGUGCGUUUGAGGGAAUCGGCCUUUUAAAAAAAAAGAAAGGGGGCCGGAUGGAAAGUGUUUCGAUGCGUUUGACCUCGAGUUUCUUUUUGUUUUAAUUUGCCCUGAAUCUAGAGGUAGCAUGGGGGCGUUUAACAAGGCUGGAUCAAUGAGCGGGCAUGCUCAAACUAACAUCAGUGUUUCAUUACAAAGCUCUCCGACAUGCCAUCUCGUUGCUCCUGAGACUUGAAAUGCCGCCCGGUGUCUUUGCACAAACCCUAUUUUAAACGACAUGACAGUAUUUUUAAAUUUACCACUAAAAAUAUGGGUUACUCUGCAUGUUUUACUAUAGAUGUAAAUAUGUUUUGGAUUUUUAUAUUGUUUUGUUUCUUUCCAUGCUCUCACAAGCAGUUGUGUUUAAUAAAAAUUUUUAAUCUUC